AUGGAGACCCAGCGGCCGCGCUCGCCCACCCCGUCGGCCAUGGCCAGCAGCUCGCCGCCCGCGCCCGCCACCUCGCCCUCGCCCUCGGCCGCCGCCGCCGCCCCCGCCCCGCUGGCCUUCGCGGGCUCCAGCGAGCAGGACGUGGCGCUGGCCAAGUCCUUCUGGAACUCGGUCACCCUCCAGCCGCCGCUCGAGUCCCGGCUGGGCGCGCGGGGCAGCUCGCUGUGCAACGGCGCCUCCUGCCCGCGACGGAGCUCGGCCGCGAAAACCAGCCAUUUGUCUGUUUCAUCCUCAGUGAGUGACAGAAGAGAAGAAGAGAGGCACUCGGAAACAGAGAAAGAUGUGUGGAAAGAGCACUGCCUAGAGAAGGCUAAAACGAGAGAAGACAUCAUUGCAUUACUGAAAAAACAAAGAGAAGAGCGGAUAUCGAAAGAAUCCUUAUCUCGUGCGCACAAGCCAAAGGGCAAAGGGCCACCAAGGGACCAGGAAGACAAAAGGGAGAAGGAAGAACAGUCUGAGGAUGAAGCGAGCGUAAAGGCGCUACCUUGA